CGGGGAGCGGCGAGAGCCGGGAGCCGGUUCGGGACCGGGACCGGGAGCGGGAUGGGGACUGCGGCUGGAGCAGGAGCUGGAGCUGCUGCAGACAUGGUUGAAGAAGACAACAGCACCAGCCUUGAGGCUGUGAUCCCAGAUGCAACCCCCAUGCUGCAGUUUGUGGAGGACAGGAUACACACCACUAUGCUGACUGGAAUUGCAAUUGGAGCUGCAGUGGCACUGCUGUUUAUUGCAGUUGUUGUGUUUGUUGUGUACAGAAGACUGAGACAAUCCAAACAGCUUCAGCCCCACGUGCCCCAGUACAGGUUUCGCAAGAGGGACAAAGUGAUGUUCUAUGGCAGGAAGAUCAUGAGGAAGGUUACAACUCUUCCAAACUCCCUGGUUGGGAACACGGUGCCUCGCCAGAGGAUGCGCAAACGGGCAAAAGUUUUAUCUCUGGCUAAAAGGAUUCUACGUAUUAAGAAGGAAUGUCCAACUCUGCAGAGGAAGGAGCCUCCUCCCUCUUUGCUAGAGGCAGAUCUGACUGAAUUUGAUGUGAAGAAUUCCCAUUUGCCAUCAGAAGUCCUGUACAUGCUUAAAAAUGUCAGGGUCCUUGGGCACUUUGAGAAGCCUCUGUUCCUGGAGCUGUGCAAGCACAUGUUCUUCGUGCAGCUGCAUGAGGGCGAGUACAUCUUCCGUCCUGGGCAGCUGGACAACAGCAUCUACGUCGUGCAGGAUGGGAAGCUGGAAGUUUGCAUCCAGGAAAGCGAUGGAACAGAGGUGGUGGUGAAGGAGGUGCUGGCAGGAGACAGUGUCCACAGCCUUCUCAGCAUCCUCGACGUCAUCACGGGCCACCCUGCUCCCUACAAAACAGUCUCAGCCCGAGCAGCCACUCCAUCCACAAUUCUGAGACUUCCAGCAAGUGCCUUCCAAGAUGUGUUCCAAAAAUACCCUGAAACUCUGGUGAGAGUGGUACAGAUCAUCAUGGUGAGGCUGCAGAGGGUGACAUUCCUGGCUUUGCACAACUACCUUGGUCUGACCACGGAGCUCUUCAGCUGUCAGAGCCAGGCCAUCCCACUGGUGUCCGUGACCAGUGUCACAGCUGGAGGAAGCACCAGCAAAGCUGGGAAAAGACCAGUGUCCAGUGCACUGGAGGAGGAUCGUGGAGAGAAGUUUGAAAGAUCUGGGGAAGGACUGGAAAUGGAUACGUUGAAGAUUUCUGGUGCAGAAAACACAGAGCAUAUUUUCAGGAGAAGCCUUUCAUCACCUCCCUAUGCAGGGUCUGCAGAGGCUUCUAAUAAUUCCAGCGGUGCCAAGUCUGACAUGGACAUGGCCUACGAGAGGGCCCGGGUGCACCUGAGCCCAGAGGACACUGCUGGCAGCCCCGGCACGGCCAAGUCCAUAUUGAAGAAGACUGUGACGGUGACAGAGACUCCUUCAGCAGUUUUCCAUUACAGUGCAGUGCAGGACUCCUGUAACACCAAACAUAUUGAUGCCAUCGUUGAAGCAGCAAAGAAGGACCUCUCAACCCUGAUGAAACUUGAUAAUCCUGCGUUGCUGAACGGCAAAGUGACGCUGCACCAGGUCACUGCUGGCACCGUGCUGUCGAGGCAGGGGGACCAGGAUGUUAAUGUUUGCUUUGUGGUCUCGGGGAUGCUUCAUGUGUACCAGAGGAAGAUUGACUCUGAGGAGGACACUUGUCUCUUCAUAACCCACCCUGGGGAGCUCGUGGGCCAGCUCGCCGUGCUCACUGGGGAGCCACUGAUCUUCACCAUCAAGGCCAACAGAGACUGCAGCUUCCUGUCCAUUUCCAAGUCCCAUUUCUAUGAGAUCAUGCGGGAGCAGCCCAGUGUGGUCCUUGGGGUGGCCCACACUGUUGUGAAGAGAAUGUCCCCCUUUGUCAGGCAAAUUGACUUUGCCCUGGACUGGAUGGAGGUGGAGGCUGGACGAGCUGUUUACAGGCAGGGGGACAAGUCUGACUGCACGUACAUCGUGUUGAACGGGCGCCUUCGCUCCGUCAUCCGGAUGGAAGAUGGGAAAAAGCACCUGACUGGGGAAUACGGCCGAGGGGACUUGAUUGGAGUGGUGGAGGCACUGACCCACCAGCCCAGAGCCACCACGGUGCACGCGGUCAGGGACUCCGAGCUGGCCAAGCUGCCCGAGGGAGCCCUGAUAUCCAUCAAACGCAAAUUCCCGCAGGUUGUGACUCGACUUAUUCACUUGCUGGGAGAGAAGAUCCUUGGCAGUUUGCAGCAGGGAGGUCACCCUCUUGGAUUACACAGCUCCAGCAGCAAGUGGGACGCUGGGAAUCCUGCCAGCAACCUGUCCACGGUGGCGAUCAUGCCGGUGUCCGAGGAGGUGCCGCUGACGGCCUUCACCCUGGAGCUCAAACAUGCCCUCAGUGCUGUGGGUCCUGCCCUGCUGCUCACCAGUGACAACAUCAAACAGAGACUGGGUUCUGCUGCCCUCGACAGCAUCCAUGAGUACAGGCUGACCAGCUGGCUGGGCCAGCAGGAGGACAUCCACCGCAUCGUGCUGUACCAGGCCGACAGCUCCCUGACCCCCUGGACCCAGCGCUGCAUCCGCCAGGCCGACUGCAUCCUCAUCGUGGGGCUGGGGGACCAGGAGCCCACCGUGGGAGAGCUGGAGAGGAUGCUGGAGAACACUGCAGUGAGAGCCCAGAAGCAGCUCAUCCUGCUCCAUAAGGAGGAUGGGCCCCUCCCUUCCCGAACUGUGGAAUGGCUCAACAUGCGGAGCUGGUGUUCUGCUCAUCUCCACCUCCACUGCCCACGCAGAGUCUUCUCCAAAAGGAGUCUGCCCAAGCUGAUAGAGAUGUAUGAACGGGUGUUCCAGAAGCCACCGGACCGUCACUCCGACUUCUCCCGCCUGGCCCGUGUCCUGACCGGGAACGCCAUAGCGCUGGUGCUGGGGGGUGGAGGGGCCAGCUCCCACCUGCGGGUGUGCAGGAUCCCAGGUAAGGAAGAGCAGGAUCAUUGA